UUAUAAUUUUUUUUACAAAUUUUGUUAAAAAAAAAAAAUCUGCAUCAUGAGAAUGUCAACAAUUUUAUCACUUUCCCUCCCAGCCAUUGUAAUAUUGCUCAUCUUUUUCCUCGAUAUGAUGGAUGAAGUAUUUGCUCAGCAACCGGAUCCAUUGUUUGAACUUCCGGUUCAGCUGAUUGGUUUUCCAGUGAUUGUUUUGUCGGUGCGAUUGUCGCAAUUUGCAAAGAAGUUGGCAUACUCUUUGAAUCCAGGAACCUACCGAGCAAAACGCGACAUAUCACAAAUUUACCUCUCUCAAACAGCAGCUGAUGCAAUUGUUGCUGAAAAAGAAAUCAUGAGGGAGUUCGGUCCAAAAGCAUGUAUCCUUGAAGAGCCAUGCCGUUUACAUGCAGCACGUCCUGGCAAAAGAGGUGCACAACCUGACUGGCAAGAAAUUCUAAGAAACUACAAAGUUCAAUCAACCGGCAUGAAACAGUGGUACCUCCUUUCGGUCUUCAUUGGUGAUUACAUCCGAGAUGUGCCAUUGUGCAAGCACCUGGCCAAACGCUUACCGUGUGGAACUGAUGAACCCGAACAGUUCCUCCCGCUACAAUUCACCAGGGAUUAAUAUCGUUCAACCAGGAGGCUGCUGUCGUUUUGCCACAAUCCGAGGACGAGUCCUCUCCUUGUCAUUUAACUGGACCGACCAUCAACAGGACACAGAACAGAAGUGCCUCGGACGACAAUUGUUGCAACAAGCACCGCGCAUCCUUUUCCAUCUCCGAAUGUAAAUAAUUAUGUAGAUAUAUUAAAAUCCUUUCCCUCCAUCAUCGCAUCUCGCCGUCAUUGUGUCCUCGUCAUUUGUUGGUUUGUGUGUGGCAGUGGCAAGAGUGCUUUAUGAAGUCCAGAAACAUCAGAGUGUCCUGUGAAAAGGACUCUCCUCUACUCAACGCGUUUCCAUUGCAAUUUUCAUUGCGACGACGGAACGGACUUGUGUAGUGUUUGCCAAAAGUAUUUUGGGAUGCAUAAA